AUGCGGUCCAACUAUGUUGCACAAAUAGCUACGGUUAUUUUACCGACUUUACUAUUUCCCGACCAUGUCUCGGCUAUCACGUUCAACAGUCAACAGGAGGACACGAUUAAGGCUGCCGCGAGCCAACAAGCAUAUGCCAUGAUGAGUUGGUAUCAUGGCAACGAAACCGGACAAACCCCAGGAGCUUUCCAGUUUAGUUGGUGGGAAGGUGCUGCGUUGUGCAACGCAAUGCUGAAUUAUUGGCACUUCACCGGCGACGAUACCUACAAUGACGAGUUAAGUGUUGCGCUGCAGUGGCAAGGAGGCGAUAAUGGCGAUUAUUUGAACGCCAACUUCAGUCAGUAUGCAGGUAACGACGAUCAAAUGCAAUGGGGCGCCGCUGCAAUGACUGCCGCCGAAUAUAAACUUCCAGAUCGUUCAUCGGGUUAUUCAUGGCUAUCUCUCGUUCAAGGCGUUUAUAAUAACCAGAAGGACAACACAGAAGGUUGGGACCCGAGUUCAUGUGGAGGUGGAUUUCGCUGGCAGAAAACACCAUUCCAGGGAACCGGUUACAACUUGAAGAAUGCGGUUUCAAAUGGUGGAUUCAUGAUGUUGGCUGCUCGGUUAGCCAACUACUUGAAUGAAUCUUCAUAUGCUGAAUGGGCCGAAAAGACCUGGGACUGGUCUAUGAGCGUCAAGCUCGUCAACAACCAAACUUGGGAUGUGGGAGACAGCGUCGAUGGCUCAGAGGGCUGCAAGACUGUUGACCAAACGCAAUGGACAUAUAAUUAUGGUGUUUAUAUGAUGGGUUGUGCACAUAUGUAUGCUUAUUCCAAUGAUACCAAGUGGCUCACAGCGUUGAAUGGUUUACUGGACAAAGUAUGGUCGACAUUCUUUCUUCCCAAAUACGGAGACGCGAUCGCCGAAAUUACCUGCGAGGGUAGUGAUACCUGUGAUAGGAACGGCAUGCUUUUCAAGGGUCUUACUGUGAUGUGGCUCUCCAAUAUUGCGCUGAUCGUCCCUUCAACCUACGACACAAUUCUGGCAAAGAUCCAGUCCUCAGCUGUAGGUGCCGCCAGUACAUGCACUGGUUUGGGCAAUGGCACCUGUGGAGUUCGCUGGUGGGGAUCAUACGACGGACAAAGUGGAAUGGAGCCAGAUAUCAGUGCUACCAAUGUGUUCAGUGUGGCCAUGUUGCCAUUUGUUGAUAAGGCAGAUGCAACGCCAGCGACACAAUCAACGGGAGGAAAUAGUACUAGCGAUCCUACUGCCGGACAGGCUGACGAUGACUCCACGAAAACUACUCCCGUUUCGAGCGGAGACAGAGCUGGUGCUGGCAUCUUGACUGUUGGUCUCGUCGGGGGUGUUGUUGGAAUGGCGGUAUUCAUGCUUAUGGGUCAAUAA